AUGCGUCCCUCUGGGGAAGGAGUGCCCACACCCCCAGAAGGAACCCUUCGCCUAUGCUCUGCAGAUGAUGACCAUGAUGAAGAACCCUCAGAAUCUCACAUGAGAGUUUUGCUUGGCUCUAUUACCUCUCUAGUGGAUGAUGCUGACUACAAUGAUCAUGCAUUUUCCGUCUCUCUAGACAUUGCUUGUAAAGAUUUCAAACCUUAUAAUGGUGACCUGGUAGAAAUUGAGUUUUCUGAUGAGCAAGACGUGCAGAGCAGAAGGGCCAUCUUGGUGAAGCCUCUGAAACAUUGUCAUUUAACUGAGGUCCGUGUUACCAGAACAGAUGGACGCACUGGGGUGUUGGGAGACACCAUCUUUUUCACCUUGGAUUCUCUUAAACUUCCUUCUGGAUAUGUGCUGCACCCAGAUGAUGUUGUCAAUGUGGUUGCAGUGCAGAGCAUGCAGUCCAACUAUUUCUGGAGAGCAGUUGCAGUGUCCCCAGUACAAGUAUUGUAGGAACCCAACCCCUGUGUUCCUUCCUCAGUGUUACUUGCAUGGGUAAUGAAGGGCCUGGUUUAAUGCAAUAGUUUGUGGAAUGGGAAUAGCAACAAUGAGCCAAAAUACAUGUAAAAUACANUUUUUCGUGGAAAUGCCCUGGUAAUUUUGUUGGAAGUAUGGACUAACUUUAGGAAGGUGCCUGAUGUACUCGAAAACAUCCCCAAACCAUUUUUGUUUUUGUUUGGUUUUCUUUUGUUUGUCUAUAGCAAAGAAACAAGACUGCAUAUUACGUUAAAUUCUGCUUUUUUCUAAGGUCAGGAAUACUGCUAGUGGCUUUAUCCCUUGAGAAACAUGCAGAGGGAGGCCAGCAAGUGAAUGUGUGUAAUUUAAAGUCACAGAUGCCUUCAAUUUUGAGUUCCCUUCUGCUGUGUACAGGGUUUACUUUUCCCAUGAAAAAUUUCGUUUUCCAUUAUCUACUCAGUUUGCUAUAUUUAAUAUUUUUUUCUAGUAGAACCCAUGCUCCCAUGUUAGAAUGUCAAAGCCAUACCCACAGGGUGCUUGUUUAUACCUUCAAUAAAGCUGCUGUCUGAGCAUC